AGCUCUUCUUCGUCAAACCCCUUGUACUUUUGGCGUGAGACGGAUCCUGUCUCGGGAUACCUCUCGCAGUGGUACUACUGUCCCUUUCGCGAUGACGGAGAUGAAAAGAAGACGUACAAGACAGCCGAGCACUACAUGAUGCAUCACAAAGCCCUCCUCUUCAACGACGAAAAAGUCGCCCUGCAGAUCCUCCGCGCUGGACACCCCCGCGAGGUAAAGUCCUUAGGCCGCAAGGUCUCCAACUUUGACGAGGCCACCUGGAACGCGCACCGCCGCGAGAUUGUGCGCCGCGGCAACCUGCUCAAGUUUACAAAUGCCGUCUCCGAGGAGGGGUUUCAGAAGGGUACGCCCGCCAAGGGUAAGAGCGCGGUUAAGCGUAAGUAUGAGCCCAUUGAGGGGUCGCUGCGUGAGAUGCUGCUAAGCACGGGAGAGAGAGAGAUUGUUGAGGCGAGUCCGUUUGAUAGGAUUUGGGGGAUUGGGUUCAAGGCGGCUGAUGCGGAGGCUGCGAGGGAGAGUUGGGGGCAGAAUUUGCUGGGGUUGGAGUUGAUGGAGGUGAGGAGGAUUUUGAGAGAGCAAGGUGAGGAG